UCAUUGGACGUGCGUACGACAAGGCAAGGCGGGCUAUUAUACGACUUCAAGUUCUAAGCCUGGUCGAAACUUUGGCUAGGCGGCAGGCGCUCUCUACUCUGCUAUAGCACCUUGAGCACGUCUUGCACGGUAAGUCGAAACGUUCUCGAAGAACGCCGGUGAACUGUUUUGAGUGUGUGUCCGCAUAUGUAAACUCGGCCUCAUUUCCGAAAUACCGAGUGGUUAAAUGAUAGUUUUUACAUUGUUCGAACAUAUCCGUAUAGACAAUAACUCGAAAGGAUUUAUUGAGUGAUAUCAAAACAUUGGAUUAAUUUGACUACCUUUGUUAUGACAGUUCUAUGUAAACAUCUUCCGAAUAGAAUGUAAAAACAGUCUGACAAAAUGUCUCCUCCAGGGGUUUCAAACCACCCCAUACUGAUGUCUAUAGCAACACCAUCUAGAGACAGCAUGCCUUGUACUACCACAAAAGGCCUGCUCAAUGAACCUGGACAAAACAACUGUUUCCUUAAUAGUGCAGUACAGGUGCUGUGGCAUCUGGAUAUCUUCAGACGGAGUUUUAGGGACCUGAUGGGCCAUGCCUGUAUGGCAGAUUCUUGCAUUUUUUGUGCCUUAAAGGAACUCUUCUCGCAACUCCAAUUCUCAAAUGAAUCUGCACUGCCUCCAGAUGCCCUUAGAAAAGCAUUGGCUGAAAGUUUUUCAGACCAACAGCGUUUUCAAUUGGGAUUCAUGGAUGAUGCGGCAGAAUGUUUCGAGAACAUUCUGCUCAGAAUACACAUGCACAUUGCACAUGGCGAAUCCCAAGACAUGUGCAAUGCACAACAUUGCAUACCACAUCAGAAAUUUGCUAUGACUCUGGUAGAACAAACAGUAUGUGGAUCUUGUGGAGCCACUUCAGAACCACUGUCAUACACCCAGAUGGUGCACUAUGUCUCCACAUCCACUCUAGUCUACCAAGUCCGAAAUGGAAAUGCUAGAGCAUCUCCGUAUAACCAUGCAUCUUUUGGUCAAUUACUCAGAAAGGCUGGAAAUAUGGGCGAUGUGAGAAUGUGCCCAAGCCAUUGUGGUGCCGUUAUUCAAAUUACUAGAACUCUGAUGAACUGGCCAGAGAUCGUCUCAAUAGGACUAGUCUGGAAUUCCGAAAGGCCAUCUUUAGAACAUAUAAUGGAAGUAUUCUCCACAAUUGGAACAACAAUGCUUUUGGGAGACGUAUUCACAUCUGUCAUGGAGAAAAAAUGGACUGAAAACUGCACACACAAUCUUGUUGGGGUGGUCACCUAUUAUGGGAAACAUUACUCAACAUUCUUCUUCCACACCAAACUCAGAGUAUGGAUUUAUUUCGACGAUGCCACUGUUCGCCAAGUUGGUCCACAUUGGGAACAAGUUGUGGAAAAAUGUAGAAAAGGAAGAUACCAACCUCUUCUACUCCUAUACGCAACACCAGAUGGAACUCCAGUCAACACUGAAAAUGCUCCUAAACAAAUCACUCAAAUCUGUCCGCAGAAAUCAUCGACUAAGAAAACGAAUCCUCCUCAGAACUUUGUUCGUCGUUCUGUAACACCAAGCCCAGAAAAACCAAAUGUUGGAAGUACAAGAAGGGCCAUCACUCCCAAUCCAGAUUGUGCGUUAAAUCAGAAACCACCCUUGCCAAAACCAUACAACGAAUACCAAAAUCUAUCCGUUAUUCAAAAUAAUUUACAUAAUGGAAGCGAUGUUCCAGAUGGUUACGUAGGUCGCAAAGAACCUUAUGUACGAAAAAUAGACAUGGAUGCCAUAAAUAAACCUUCUGUUAACAUUCAUAGAACACUCAGUAAUGGAUCUUCGUCAGGAAUCGAUGGUAUGUCAGAUAGUAUGAAUUUUCCUAGAAGAAGAGACUCUGGUAAUUGGAGUGGAGAUAGAAACAGCGCUUCUUCUGCGUCUUCAACUACAAUGGAAAAUCCUUAUCUCUACCUGGUUGGAAAAGUGCCUCAUGGUAAUGUUCCAGAUAGUCCAACGUUGGUCAAAAGUGACUCAUCUAGUGCUGGAAGCGCUAUUUAUGAUGCAGGAUAUGAUUCUUACUCACUGUCCUCUAACGAUAGCUCAACCAUGACUACAUUGCAACAUAUGAUGAAAAUUGGACAUUUAGCUAAAAUUCCAGAAGAUUAUAACAACAUGUCAGGGCAAGGUACUCAAAGUUGCGAUGUGCUUUGCGACGAAGCUGAUGAGCUGUUGGUCAAAUCAAGACAACUUGAAGAUGAACAUGAUCUCGUACUAGCCUUAGCUUUAUGUAAUGCUGCUGCAACUAAAGCAAGAGCUGCGAUGAAUGCUCCAUAUAACAAUCCCCAAACGCUUACUUUAGCCAGAAUGAAGCACAACACCUGUAUCAUGAGAGCUAGAAGCUUACACAGGAGAAUGACGCAAACGGCUCCUAACAAGGAAACAGCACCUCCAGAAAUAAGGCAUACAAGAGAAGGCAGUAGUGGCAGUGGAAAACAUUCUCGUCAAAAUUCUAGAGACAAGGGUCAACACUCCCGACAAAACAGCAAAGAAUUACUGACCAAUCUUCCACAACCGGAUAAACCAACCCAUAAAAAUAUUGAAAUAUACGCCACCCUCCCAAAAAGAAAGGAUUUAUUAAAAAAUCGUAUCGAGAGUAUCAAUAUCGAUGAACCAAUCCAACCAAUUAAAAAUGAAAAGGAGCCCCUCAAAGAAACACGUAGUUUCUUCUCGAGAUCCAAGCAGAAAGACAAUAGUAAAAGAGAAAAACGUUCAAGAAGCGAAGACAGAAGCAAAAGAGUUGUAGAAUUCACGCUAACCCCUGAAAUUAUCGAUAUCAAGCCUAAAGUGAAAGAAGAAAAAAACGAUAAACAAGAAAAAGAAAAGGAUGGCAAGUCGAAAAAACAACACAAAAUACGCAGGAAGCUUUUGAUGGGAGGAUUGAUUAAAAGAAAAAAUAGAAGCAUGCCUGAUUUGACUGACGCUAAUCCAGAAAUGAAGUCACCAGAAGUUCCUCCUAAAUUGAGUUCUGUUGAUGACAGUAAUGUUGGACUCAAAGAGAAUGUUGAUAACAGUAAAUCUAUGAGUGGAUAUUUAUCUGAAGGCCAUCUAGAAUUUAGUGCAAACAAUACGAAUCCUAACCUGAAAAAGAGCAAAUUGAUGAAGAAAAGUUUUUAUGCUAGUGCUGGUAAAAUACUCAGUGUUCCGAAAGUUCCCCCUCCUCCACCGUUGCGAACUACAUCUCAAUUGACUGCUUCAAAGCCGCUUACCGAUGAUGAAAUCAAGGAUUGCAAGAACGAGUAUCAGAAUCUUUAUGAGUUGAAUAACAGUAUGAAAUAUGAUACCUCAAUAAUCGAAAGGCUGAGAUUCGAACAAAUGCAGCAAAGAUUCAAUGACAGCUCUAACAGUAAUAACAGCUUCAAUACUAGUUCGAGUAGUUAUGGUACUCAAUCAACAACCUUAGUGACAACAGCUGACGUUCAUAGAGAACCAAAAGGAUCUACUGAUCAUUUGAAUACUGCUAGUGUCGAUGAAGUUGAUUGUCCUAUGCCCAAGCAUUUACUGCAAAGUUUGGAUCUACCACCAUAUCCAAGUCCAGCAGGUUCAACAGUACAUUCAAGACAAGCAAGUGAAGAUUUUCCCCCUCCACCCCCUCCAUUAGAUCUCUCGGCUCUUGACGAACAUCUCCCACAACCUCCACCAAGAAUUGCGAAUGACAGUUUACAAGGUCAACUUCAAAAUAAAAGGGAACAGAUCUUCUCCUACGAACCUGUCAAACAACCUCUGGAAAUCAGUUCAGUUUCUCCGGGAGGAGAUACUUGGUUGAAGGAAUUACAAGCCAAACAAGCUGCUCUGAAAAUCAAACGAAUAGAAAGUUUCAAUAAGAGGAAUGAUGGCGGGUGUGAUGUUGUCAACACACAGCGUUACACGCCAGGAGAAUUGAGUCUGAAAGCUGCAUCCGUUAGGGAUUUGACAUCCAAGUUCGAAAUUAAACCUUCUGCAGAUAUUCCUCCACAGCAAAUUCCUAUGAGUUUGAAUGAAGAGAUUAAUCCUGUUUCGAUUAAAAAACAUGAAAUGGAAUCCAUUGCCCCCGAACAAAUUGCUGAAGAAAUCAGAGAGGUUGAAAGGAUAAAUGCUUCAUUACAAGAAACUUUCAAUUGUAACAAACAGAACGCAAUCGAGGAACGUAAGAAGAAUAAAUUGGGCAAGAAAAAGAGCGUGUCCUUCUGUGACCAAGUGAUUUUGGUCGCUACAGCUGAGGAUCAAGAAGAUGAUAGUUAUAUUCCUAAUCCAAUUCUUGAAAGAGUACUACGUUCAGCUAUUAAUAAACCAGAAACUAGUGAAAUUGAAAGCAAAACUUCAUCAGAAGAUGGUGGUAGAAUAUCAAACGAUUUUAAUAACGUAUCCGCAAUGGAAGAACACAAAACCUCAUCAGAAAAUCUAUUUGAUAUCACAAUGAGGAAUACAAUGGAGAAUUCUAAAAUAGCGAAUCCAAACCUAAUCACUAAAAUCACAGAUACCCAGAAAGUUGUUGCACCAAUACAAUACCAAUCGGCCUAUUCUAGUGUAGCUUUUGCUCACAAUAGGAAUACUAUUCCAACUGGUCCUACAUUAUCGAAUGGUGUGCCAUCUACUCAACCACUUUACUCGGGAAAUCAAUAUUCACAAUUUCCUUCUGGUGUCCCUCAACAACCUCCACAAGGCAAUCAUCAACAAUAUGACAGUUAUGGUCCAUCGUAUCAAGAAAAUGCCAUGAAUAGUUAUAACUACGUCUCCCAGAAUCCUUCUGCUUCACAACAGUCAAAUUAUCCACAGCAAGUCACUUAUCCUGGCCAUCCACAGCAUCCAUCAUAUAUUAGUAGAGGCGAAGCUUUCGAUCAUCUGCCACAUCAAGUUCACCAUCAACAACAGUUGCCACAGAAUCAACAUAAACAACAGCCUUUGGCUUAUCAUCCACAACAGCAAUCACAAGUUCACCAUCCACAACAACAGUCACAGGUUCAUCAUCCACAACAGCAACCACUGGUUCAUCAUCCACAACAACAACCACUGGUCCAUCAUCAACAACCUCAGACUCACCACCAACUACAACAAGAACUCAGUCAUCCACAACAAUCUCAACAAAUUCAUCAAGCUCCUUCAUACAAUUAUUCACUCCAAAAUUCACAUCAAACCCCAUCCUACCUACCUGCUAGUGCUCACUACAAUCACCCUUAUCAACAAAAAUCACACCAGAUGAACUCAUUACAUUCCAAUCAUCCAUCAAGUUCCUAUCCCCAGAAUGUCUCUCCUCAGAGUUCAUACCCACCGUCGUCACCAGCAGGUUAUAUGGCCCAGCAAAAUCCUCAAAAUUCCUAUGGUAGUGAAGGAAUUUGCCGCCAGUCUCCAAAUAUAUUGCAACAAAAUUAUAAUGGUCAACAUUCAAGGCCAGUCUAUCAACAUCCACCACAACCUGUGAAAAGUCACAGCCAGCUUUCGAGAACAUCUGCUGGAGUUUACCAGUCGGUGCCUUAUUCGAAUAAACAAACGCCUAAUCCUGUUUAUCAAAGAGUGCCCUCUAGUGAUUAUAACACGAAUCAAAAUCCUGCAUACCAGAGAAUCCCAUCAAGGACUUACAGUGCUGAUCAGGAGCACCAAAAACUAUACGAUCCAUACCAGAGUGUACCCUCCCCUUAUAGUGAAAGAGACACUUAUAAUCAAGUACCCCCAUUGGCUGCAAUGAAGAAUUUCGACGGAAGUAAUAUUGAAAGAACUGACCCCCUUAUGUCGAAGGCUGUAGUGACGCCUAUUUUAGUGAACAACGCCAAUAACAGUAUUCCCGACAAGACCAAGUGUAACUUGUGUAGGAAGAAAGUCGUAGUUUUAAGUAACUUAUAUUGUACUGAUUGCGAGUACUACAUGUCGCGAUUUAAGCCGAAAGUUUAAAUAAAUGUUAAAUUUCGACUGAUGUUCCAGAGUGCAAUUUUAAAUUCGAAAAAAUUAUUUUGUUGCGCAUGCCUGUUGUACAAAAAUAUCAUGAAUUUGUGAUAUUAAUUUUAAGUUAAAAUUAUUUGUAUAUAUUUUUAUAUUAAAAAUGUCGUCUUACGUUGAAAAAAUUCUAUGAGGGAUUUUUCAAGGGAUGCGGAUGGUAGUACUUGGAUCUAAAUAUGUUUGAAUCUUGCCAAUUUGAUGAAUCAAAUUUGUUUGUAUUGAUUUCUUUCUUUUAGAAUACUGGUGCUACUGAAAGAUCUCAUAUCGAAUUAGAUUCUAGAAUAAUCUAAGCAAAUUUUUACAGAGGGAUAUAUUUUUCAUAAAAAUAUAUUUCUUCUAAGAAAACUAUAUAUUUUGUUACUUUUGUAUCCUACAUUGAAUGAGAAUGUAUAAAUAAAAAUUGUUUUGAAUAAAAA